UGUUGUUUUCCCCUCCAAAAAAAUGAAAAAAUUGCAUAAAUUGAUGCAGCUGUUCAGGAUCCCCACUAUUUUUGCAUCUGAAUUGUAGGAGGAUUUCAUGUAAUUCAUGCCCAUGAAGUGUUUGAGGAAAACCACAUACAAAUUUACCAAAAAUCCCUCUUUCUAUUAACAGGGAGGAGGUGAGUAUGAUUAUGAUAUAGUGAGCAGUUGAUGAAAAGAGAGAAGAGAUGGAAAUUCAAGAAGCCGACGACGAGUCGUCGUCGUCGGAGUCGAUUGCUCCGAUCAUCGUCACCGUCGCGAUUGCGGUGAAUAGCAGCAAGAGCAGCAGAUGCGCCGUAAAAUGGGCUCUCGAGAAAUUCGUCCCCGAGCGGAGAAUUCUCUUCCGGCUGCUGCACGUCCGGCCGAAGAUCACAAUGGUGCCUACUCCCAUGGGAAACUACAUUCCAAUUUCAAAUGUGCGAGAAGAUGUAGCCUCUGCUUACAAGAAGGAAAUGGAGUGGCGAGCAAAUGCUGUGCUUCUCCCAUACAAGAAAAUGUGUUCUCAGAAAAAGGUAGAAGCUGAAGCUGUUAUAAUUGAAGCAGACGAUGUAGCUGAUGCAAUAUCAGGAGAGAUUGCCAAAUUCGCAAUUAGCAGGCUAGUUAUAGGCGCCUCAUCCAGAAAUAUCUUUACAAGGAAAAUUAAAGGUCCCAAGACGUCUUCAAAAAUCUCCGGGCGUAUUCCGGGCUUUUGUACAGUCUACAUUGUAUCCAAAGGAAAGUUAUCAUCUGUACGCACUGCUACAUCAAUGGUCGAUGAAAGUACCGAAAAAGCAAACAGUUCAAGCAUUAGUUCUUACAACUCCUCACAUUUUUCCUCAAGUGCACGUUCAGAUGGAACAGUAAAUUUCUCCCUUCGCAAUCCUCCUCUACCGCAGCAGCGUAGCCAAGCGCUCGCAACUAUUAACCAAAAUUUCGCCAGGACAAGGCAUAAUAACCCUCGCGACAUUUUAGGGUCAUACACUGACGAAGGCUCGAUGAGUUCCACCACUAGUUACAGAAGCCUCGAGACAGACGAUAAUCUGUCUCUUUAUUCUUGUCAGGCCUCAGCCUCAGCAGUUAGAACAAACUCGUCGUCUCCUCAGAACCAGGUAAGUAGAUUGGCCGACACCAUUGUAGACUGUUUUUCUUCGCAGUGGUUUAAUUUGUCCAUUCUGAGAGAUUUACUCGUGCAGGUUGAUCUAAAUGCGGAACUUGAGAGGCUGAGAAUAGAACUUAAACAUGUUCAGAACCUCUGCGAGGUUGCACAGAAUGAAUCAAUUGAUGCUUCUCAGCGAUUGCAGGAGCUAGGUCUACGACGCCUUGAGGAGGAACUCAAACUCAAACAGAUAGAACUGAGGGGAGAGAAAGCUAGAUAUUUGGCAAGAAAAGAAAGGGAUGAGCGCGAAGCAGCGAAAAAGGAAGCCGAGCUUGCGAAAGAAUGCGCCGAGAGGGAAAAGGCGCAGAGAAAGGAUGUGGAGGGAUGUGCUGCUCGAGAAGUGAAGGAGAAGCUGAUGCUAGAGAAAGCUCUUGAUUCUAAUGGCGAACAGUAUACACGGUACACGUGGGAAGAGAUACAAUUGGCAACGUCAUCAUUCUCUAGUGCUUUUAUGAUCGGGCGGGGAGCAAACGGAACCGUCUACAAGGGUAGUUUUCAUCAUACAAUCGCGGCAGUGAAAAUUCUCCACUCUAAUGAGGGGCAUGGAACCAAGCAACUUAAACAAGAGCUUGAAAUUCUGAGCAGAAUUCACCAUCCGUAUCUUCUUUUGCUCCUUGGGGCCUGCCCUGAGAGAGGUUGCCUUGUAUAUGAAUUCAUGGAGAACGGUAGCCUCGACGAUAGGCUACAAUGCAAGAACAACACGCCCCCGCUUCCAUGGUUCUACCGCUUUCGAAUUGCGUGGGAAGUCGCCUCCGCUAUCGCUUUCCUUCACAAUUCGAAACCCGAACCCAUCAUCCACCGCGAUCUUAAGCCCGCGAACAUUUUGCUCGACCACAACUUCAAAAGCAAGAUCGGCGACGUGGGCCUCUCCACUUUGCUGCCUACUGUAAAUUAUCCGAUGUCCACAAUAAUCAAAGACACUGCUCCUGUGGGGACUUUUUGCUACAUCGACCCCGAGUACCAAAGGACUGGUCUGGUCUCCCCAAAGUCGGAUACUUAUGCUUUAGGGAUGGUAAUUUUGCAGUUAAUUACAGCGAAACCGCCAAUGGGACUUGCCUAUGCUGUAGAAAUCGCGUUAGAGAAUGAAUGUCUAGUGAAUAUGUUGGAUCCAAAGGGUGGGCAGUGGCCGGAAGAGGAGACACAGGAAUUGGCUCGUCUCGGGCUAAGCUGCGCUGAAUUGAGGCGCAAGGACCGGCCUGACCUGAACAAGCAAGUUCUUCCGAUGCUGGAAAGACUGAAGGAGAUUGCAGAAAAGGCGCAGAAUUUGUCGACGAUUCAUCUUCUGUCAGCACCUCCAAACCACUUCAUUUGCCCAAUACUUCAGGAAGUGAUGGAUGAUCCCUAUGUUGCGUCCGACGGAUACACGUAUGACCGUAAAGCGAUUGAGAUGUGGCUCAGCAUGAAUGACAAGUCUCCGAUGACGAAUCUACGGUUACCCAACAAGAAUCUCAUACCCAAUCACUCGCUUCGUUCUGCAAUCGAAGAUUGGAAGUCGCGGAAACAAUGAUACGCCCUCGAAUAGCAUCAUUGUGAAAGAGUAGCAUGAAUGCAUAUUCGUAGUCCAGCUCAAUUGUUCAGCAAGCCAUGCAAUGAGUUCAACUGUGAUUAAUGAAAUUUUGUAAAAAAUAUUUUGAGUGAUGAAUAUAUGCCAAUGAGAUCAUUGGACCCUUUUUUUUUUUUUUUUUUUGUGUUCAUAUUCCAGCUUGAUGAGUGGUACAGUUCUAUUUGUAACUAUGUAAUUCUAUUCCCCUUGCACAAUAUGUGCUUUUUUUUUUCU